AUGGAGAAGGAAGUGCCAAUAACAGCCCAGUAUCUCCUCGACCAUGGCGUGAAGCUCAACCAUCAUGAUGAAAAGAACGUCUUUCUCGAAUUCGACACCAAUCAACAUUUCGUGUUUCCAGAGGGUGGCGGACACGCAAUCAUCAACGCUCUAUUCGACAGUAUCCGAAAAUUCGACAACGUGAAAAUCGUAUGGGAGACGCAUGCAGAGCAUUUGCUCACCGCCGAGGAUGGCACAGUCACCGGCGUCCAGGUGCGGAAGGCCGACGGCCAUAUGACCAAGAUCCACGGCAAGAAAGUCAUGUUGGCUUGCGGCGGUUUCGAGGGCAAUCGCGAAAUGCUAGGCAAAUAUGUCGGACCCCGGACCGAACACCUUGAGCUCAUCGCGCCCGGUCUCAAGUAUAACACCGGAUUUGGAUUGAGGAUGGGUCUGGAGGUCGGCGCUGCCACUGCGGGGUCGAUGAGCGGCAUGCAUUGUGAGCUCGUCGAUAUCAGAGCCAAGAAGCCUGAUGCUGUGAUCUGGGGCCAUAACUAUGGGAUUGUUGUUAACGAGUUCGGCACACCUUCAUGUUCUUGGUGA